AUGAGCUUCUUGGUUGGGGAUCAGCGAGUGACGCUUCAAGGAGACCCGAGCCUCUGCAACUCGGCGGUGUCCCUGAAGGCGUUAUGGAAGGCGGUUGAGGAUCAGGGUGAAGGUAUGAUUGUGGAGUACUAUGGGCUUCAGGUGGUCGGCGUCGACGAAGAGCCGAUAACAGAGGCCUUUUCAGCGUUGUUGGAUGAGUUCGGAGAGAUCUUUAACGAACCAGAGGGACUUCCUCCUUCUCGCGGGAAGGAGCACAGGAUUGAGUUGCAGGCGGGUGCGAGUCCAGUGAGUGUACGACCCUUUAGGUAUCCUCAGGCGCAGAAGGCGGAGAUUGAGAAACAGGUGGGAACUAUGUUGGCUGCGGGAAUCAUCCAAGAGAGUGGGAGUCCAUUCUCAAGCCCGGUUCUGGUCGUGAAGAAGAAGGACGGCAGUUGGAGGUUCUGCGUCGAUUAUCGUGCCCUGAACAAGGUCACGAUUCCGGAUAGCUACCCCAUUCCAAUGAUUGAUCAGUUAUUGGACGAGCUCCAUGGGGCUUGUAUCUUCUCUAAGCUUGACCUCCGUUCCGGUUACCAUCAGAUUUUGGUAAGAGCAGAAGAUAUGCCCAAGACUGCGUUCCGUACCCAUGAUGGGCACUACGAGUUCCGUGUGAUGCCGUUUGGGUUAUCCAAUGCCCCGACAACUUUUCAGUCUCUGAUGAAUGAUGUGUUUCAGCCCUACUUGCGUCAGUUUGUUCUGGUUUUCUUCGAUGAUAUCCUGGUGUACAGUCGUACUGAGCUCGAGCAUCAGGGUCAUCUGCGUUGUGUUUUGGAGGCACUAAGGAAGCAAGAGUUGUACGCGAACCGGAAGAAGUGCAAUUUUGGUAGUCGGAAGGUGGAAUACUUGGGGCAUGUUAUAUCCGCGGAGGGAGUGGCCGCUGAUGAUGAGAAGAUCCGCGCGAUGGUGGAGUGGGAGACUCCACGAAAUGUCAAGGAGCUCCGUGGGUUCCUUGGUUUGACAAGCUAUUAUCGUAAGUUCGUUAAGGGCUACGGUGAAAUUGCUCGACCCCUAACAGCUCUGUUGCAGAAGAAUCAGUUCAAGUGGUCUGAGGAGGCGACUGCUUCGUUCUUGCAGCUCAAGACGGCUAUGACGACAGUGCCGGUGCUGGCUUUGCCCGAUUUCAAUGAAACCUUUGUCGUCGAGUCUGAUGCGUCUGGUACAAGGUUGGGGGCUGUGUUGAUGCAGGGACAGCGCCGUAUUGCGUUCUUUAGUCAGGCGCUUACGGCUCGACAGCGGUUGAAGUUGGUGUAUGAAAGGGAGUUAAUGGCGGUGGUUUUUGCCAUCCAGAAGUGGCGGCAUUACUUGUUGGGGCGUCGGUUCGUGGUGCGCACAGACCAGAAGAGUCUGAAGUUCCUACUUGAGCAGAGGGAGAUCAACGUGGAAUUUCAAAGGUGGUUAACCAAGAUUUUGGGGUUUGAUUUCGACAUUCACUACAAGCCUGGUUUGGAGAACAAAGCAGCGGAUGCUUUGUCAAGGAAAUAUGUGGUGCCUGAGCUCUUUGCCUUGUCUAUGUCAUCUGCACUUCAAUUGGAGGAGAUUUGUUGUGAGGUUGACAAAGAUCCGGCUCUGAGCAAGCUGCGUGAGGAGGUGCAGCAGCAGCCACAGAGGCACCCCGAUUACUCCGUGGUCCAGGGCCGAUUGUUACGGCACGGGAAGUUGGUAACAGUCGCCUCUUCUCAAGGCCAUUUUGGUGGAAAUGCACGAUGGGAAACUCGGAGGUCACGGUGGUAUUUUGAAAACGCAAAAGAGGGUGAGUGA